AUGAAGGGAAGCGUGUUCCUCUCAGUCUCCCAGUAUCCCAAACCGGGACCCCGGCCUGUAGACUCCGGCGCGGGCUCCCCGCCCCCCCCCCGGCCGAACCCCCAAACUUCGCGGCCCGCGGUGCCCCGCCCGGCCCGCGCCCUACCUCGCUGGGGCUGUCCUGCGGCGGCGGCGGCGGCGGCAGCGGCGGCGCGGCGGCUGGGCCGCUCAGUCCCACAUUGUCCCCGGGAGAGGCGGCCGCUCACAACUGCGACGCGGCGGGCCCGCCCCAGCCGCCCCAGUGCCGCAGCCGCCCGCCCCGCCCCGCGCGCCGCGGUGCGCCCGGAGCGGCGGCCGCUUCCGGAGGGCUGGGGCGACCCUCCCCCGGCAGCUCGUCCGGGCGCCGGGAGCUGGGGGCGGGACGGGAGGCGGGACAGGGGGGUCCCGCCGCCAGCGCCCGCCCAGCCUCGGUCCCCCGGCGCCGCGCCCGGCCGGGAGCCCCUGCGCUCUCCGCCUGACAGAGCCGCCCUCCGGGAGCCUCCGCCGACCCCACGCGCCCCCGUCUCGGUCUGGGGCCCGCCGCCAGGCCCCGAGCUGCCCGGCUCCGGCUCGGAUCCCUCGGAACCCCGACUUCGGCCCUCCGCCCGGCCGGGUUCCCGGCUCUGCUCGCUUCUGCGCCAUCCAUCCCCGCGCGGGGCUCUCCCCCAAAAAGACCCGCGCCCCUCAGCCACCCACGGCUUCCGCGAAGCCCGGCCCUUGUCCGCCCGGGACAGGUUACCGGACCGGCUGGAGGAGGGGCCUGAGAGCGGUGUGAUCCCUUGCACCCCGCCCCGCCAUUCUCCCAAAGCUACCCCCAGAAUGCCUUUUUGGGGCUAG